CUGACGUCAAUGGAGCAGUCUUGGAUGUAUAUAAACAUUCGUCAAGAAGCGUUCCAUUCCAAUCUCGUCCAAGCUGGACUUUUCGGACCAAGGUUUUGAGUACCACUUUUCUAACCUGUAUAGAACUUUUCCAUUUUCAACAGAGGAACAGGACACUGCGCCAAUCCAUUAUGAAGCCCGUUCCGCUGGUCCUGCUGAUUGCUACAGUACUUCUGACUUCUCACGUCCCCCCAAGCGCCUGUCGACCAAGGGAUCUCAACAGCUUUAAUGGGCACGGUUACAAAACCCAAAUGGACGAGGUCUUGUUAAAAGCUGGCGAUAACGCCAUUUCAUACCUAAUAGGGGAAAAGAUACUUAGAUAUCUGCAAAGAAAUCCAAAAUUUCAGAAAGGUCUACCGCAGUUUCCUUUAGACAACCUCCAGGUUAUGACGCCUCUCUCUACAAAGGAGCUCGGUCACUUGGCGCGCAGUUUUCCACUCACCAUUGAGGAGCGCUCGCUGGAAGAAGGCAACAGCCUGGAAGAACUCGCGGAGCUUUCCAAGAGGAACGACGACCCACCCAUCUCCAUUGAUCUCACUUUCCACCUGCUGAGAAAUAUGAUAGAAAUGGCAAGGAUCGAAAGUCAGAAAGAACAAGCGGAACUAAACCGCAAGUAUCUAGAUGAAGUUGGCAAGUGAUCCUUUGAUAUCACAGAAGAACAAAAUGUUUUCAAAAACAAACGAAUACCCUUGGCGCACUCCCUGAUCCAUGAAAUAGUUUUACUUUUCCUCUCAUUCAAACUACUGCUAACUAUAUCUACCAUUCCACAAAAAAAGUUAUUUCACUCAAAAGGAAGCAACACCGUUUGUCUAAAGCUCCAGUGAACAUGAAAAUGGUUCGACGUACGAUACUACCGUCCAAGACUCCCUCUUUUGGUCAUGGUGGACACCUACAGUACAGCGGGGAAACAAGUCUCAACAAACAUACGAACCUUGAACAUAAAGAAAGGGACUUCGGCAUUAUGUUCCACCUCAAUUACUCCCGAAUGUGUGGUUACCAAUAGGCCUAUAUUUGGAAUUCGAGUAGGCUAUAUGUGGUUGAUCAAUACCAUGAUUUCCCUCAUUUGAUUUAUGCUACUAAUGCCACGGUGAUGAUGGUUGAAUUUGCUUCACCUAUUGUUCAGUCUGCCUUAUGGGCCUCAUUGCUUCUUUCAAACAGUCCAUGUUGUGAACAUCGAAGUUGUUCUUGCCAAUAUAUUUUUAUUACUUCUACAUUUGUACAGGUUUUCUUUCAGUGUUGAAUGUAUCUGCAAGUUGAGGCAAGUGCCGUAUUUACAUCUAUUUCGGCGAGGUUAUUUGAAAAAUUGAAAUCUGAUAACAUGUCUGGUCUUACAGUAUAUUCUCACUCAAAAUAAUUAUUUUAAAAAUCACGUUAUUUAUAAAUUUCACCCGUUGUAGGCUAUGUUGAGUGAAUAUUGUUAACCGGGUCUAAGAGAGGAUUUGUGGCUUGCAUAAUUUCAAUAAUCACUUCGUGUUGUCCUUUCCCCGAACGUCCUAAACAUCAACAAUAGCCUAACGAUUAGGCUACCACUCUCAGAAAUAGCCACACUUUGUUGAUUACAAACAAGAUAUUUGUAAAAUUCCUACAGGAUUUCUUGGAAAUCAUUCCAUUGGAAUGUAUCAUUUCUCUCACACGUGGUACUGUAAUAAGCAACACCUGCACAUUAUCUCUGGUCCCCAUCAUCGCUCUUGGUGCUUUAGCCUGUGCGAGCGCUUCUUCAGCCUAUCAAUCAAUAUUCUCCCUGUCAAACAGCAGCGAUCUGUCGUUACCGCAAGCGACUGUUCUGCUAGUGCCCACAGUUCUCCGGUUGGACACGAUUGACCAUUUUUCUUUGAAGGAAAUGUGUUCUCGGCGUCCCCGACAACAUUUUUCUCCAAUUCAAUCCAAUGCACUGUCCAAAAGCCUUUACCCGGCAUGCUUAGUUAGAAUAAUAGAGAGAACAGUGUUUUGCUGAAUCCUUACCGAUCAUACGAUUGAAUGGUUUAGCACUAAAACGCUAUUUUGCCAUUUAUACUUUGUAAUAAAAAUAUCUGAAAAGAA